UCAAAUUGGUGUUUUAAACGUUAAUAAGUUUCACAUUUAACGCCAAAUAAACUGCACAGAGAACAACAGAGCUGCCGCACACAGUGCGCAGUGAGGCUCCUGGUUCUGGCCACACCCUUGGCAGGGCCGACUGAACACGUUGGACCAGUGAUGACUUCCAGAGGGUGCGUCCUACCACUGUGAGCCAGACCUGUGUUCACCUCCUACACACUGGUGGGGAGUUGUCACCUCGCCUCAGUCCUUCUCCUCUUCCUCCGGUAAACAGAGAGGGACAGAGGACACGGAGCAGCGCCAGAUCCGCGUUGACGCUUUUCCUCUAGCGACUCUGCUCGGAUAUUUAAGACUGCUGGAAAUAUCACCAGGGCCUCUUUUUUUUUAACCUGGAGAACUUGUAACGAACUCAGACAUUUUAAAGAUCUGUUAGGCUUUCUUGUAACCAUGGGGGACGUGGUUUCCUCUCACCUGGAUGAGAGGAGGCGGGAGAUGAUUACAGCUCACACCAGAUGUGUGAUGAAGGAGUUCAGCAACCUGUACAAGCAGCAGUACGCGGUCGCGCUCUUCAACAGUGUUCGCUUUGAGAUAGAAGGAGGAGGAGGGACGCAGUCACAGCUGCUUCACAGAAAGGACCCUCUGGCUGGUAGGUCAAUCUUCUCAGGCAGUCUGUUUCAGUACCUGGAAGAGAAUCAGAAGUGGAGGAAUCGUUUUGUAUCUGUACCAAACAGCUACAAUCUACACCUCUAUGAGACCAAAAUAGCACACAAUAGGGGACUGCACCCAAAAGUAACCAUCGAAUGUGCGGGGUACAAGGCCCUGACGUCACUGGAGGAGUACAUAGAGCUGAUUGAUGCCAGCCUGCCAGGUAUCAAGGGCAAAGCAGGCAGCGAUCCCUUUGUCAGGUCUGUGACCCAGUUCCCCCUCAUCCUGUGGCACCCAUACGCCCACCACCACUACUUCAGUGUGAUGACAGAGAAGGAGCAGAAGAAGUGGCACGCUGUGCUGCAGGACUGUAUCAGGCACAGUAACAAUGGUCUGCCAGAGGACCACACUGUUCAGACACCAGCCUUCACUGAUGCUGUGAGGCUUCACAGACAAGCCAAGGGACACUAUGGAACAUGGGAUAUGAUGUGCGGAGCACCCCCACAGAUUUUAGCUCACCUUGUGAUGGAGACCCUCCACCCUGAGCUAAGAGACCUGAUUGGUCCUCGCCUUAAGGGGAACAUGCAGCAGAGACAGAAGAGUUGGAUGCUGAUCUCUGAUGCAGUGUACAGGCAAGUGUUGUCUCAGACCACCAGACAGUACAAUGCGCUGGUUGAAGCCUGUGAGACCCAACGAGUCGCACUGGACGGCAAACUACGUACCGACAUGGACCAGAUCAUCACGUCUAAAGAACACAUCAUGGGCAAGAUACGAGCUCUGGUGUUGCCCAAGGCGGAACAGCUCCUACGGAGUAGCGUGCAGCCCUACAUCAGCUCUAUCCUGGAGGCCCUGAUGGAGCCCACCAGCAGAGGUUUCGCAGAGGUCAGGGAUGUUUUCUUCAAGGAGCUGGUGGAAAUCAGCAAGAACUCCCUGAACAAAGAGGGCACGGAAAAACUGAGAGAUCACAUGGAGAGGCUGUCCAUGCUCGCCUUCCACCCGGUCAAGAUGCAAGGCUGCUAUGAGAAGGUGGAGGAGCUCAAUCUGGAAGGACUGCAACAGAGGUUCGAUGUCUCCAGCCCGUCUGUGUUUGUCGGCAGGGCUCAGAUCCUCAUGAAUGAGCAAAUGGACAAUGCUGUGUACACAUUUGAACAGCUUCUUCACCAAUCUUAUGAGGCCAAGGGAGAAGAUGACUUCUGUAAGACCAUCCAGAGGUGCCAGGACAGGGUUCUCAAGAAAUUUGAUUAUGACAGCAGCACGGUACGCAAGAAGUUCUUCAGAGAGGCUCUGUUGCAGAUCAUCAUCCCGUACAUGCUGCAGAAUCUCUCGCCGUCCUGCUCUCCUGAACUGCCUCGCUUCCAAGAGUUCAUCUUUGAGGACUGCUCCCGUUUCCUCCUGGUGGAAAACAUGUUUGAGGAGGUGGUGUUGCAGUCUGUCACUAAGGACAUAAUGAUGGCUGUGAAGGAGGCAGCUGUCCAGAGGAAACACAACCUCUACAGGGACAGCAUAAUUCUGACCAACAGUGACCCUAACUUGCACCUGCUUGAAGAUACUGCCCCAGUGGACUGGGCCACAAAAUUUGGGGGCGAUGAGGCAGAGGGUUCUGUCAGUGAUGGUGGCACAGGAGGGGGUUUUGGGACAAGACGUAGGCAGGUGGUGUCCAUGAUCCAGCCAGAAGGGGUGCCUCUGCCCUAUGAGUCCUGUCUGGAGGUGCCAGGUGUGGAGCUCAUCCCUGAGGAGGAUGCAGACGUGUUUGAGGACGAAGAGAAAAGCCAAGAGGAGGAUGAGGAGCACUGUGGCCCUCCUCAGGACCCCAUGUCUCCCGAUAGUGUGAAUGAAAUCAGGGACCUGAUUAAUCCGGUGGUGGAGAUGGCGGUGCCAGUUUCAGGAGGACGCAAGAGCAGCAUAACCAAUGGGCCUGAGCCGACUACCAGCACCAUCACACUGGAGGAUGGGGUGCAGGAGCAGGUGGCACUUGUCAGCAUGGUAGUGGAGGACGUUCCCAGGAAAUCUCCACGGGACAAGAUGUCCCCACAGACAAUCCUCAAACAGCUGGUAGGAAGCAGGAAGAAGGAAACUGAUGAGGAGCAUCAGGAGGAAGCAGCUACUAAAAACGACAUCAAGGAAACCGAGACGGCAGUACAGACAGAUGACAAUAAAAGGAUUCCAGAGGUCUCUGCAGAAAAAUCAGAUUCAUCUUCGCCACUGCCACCACUGGCUACAGACUCCAGCUCGCAUGACAACACUGGCUUCCAGUCACCAUCCAGUGUGGGGCUGGAUGAAAGUGAGCUUCGCGCAAUCACAAAUCACCUUGCUGGAGACGACAAAAUCAUCGACCUGCUAGAUGUGGAAGUGAGUUUAGCGUAGGAAGACAGUCCUCGGAACCUAACGCUGAAACUGGAGAAAAGCUUGGUGAUAAAACAUUGUGCAUCACAGGUAAUGGGAGAGAAGAUGGAUUGUACCGCCUGGGGAAAGUAGCCUGCCUCCAAUACCAGUGCUAGGAGCUAGGUACUUAGGGCUCCGGGCUACUUUUCCACGACCCACCCUGUAUUUGAAGGUUUAAUUCAAAGCAUUGCUUUUUCUUUAUUGUUGUUGAUAUUGUACACUCAAAAAUCAACUCUCUCAUCCUGCCCUAGACUUUUUUAGACACUUCUCUGGUGACUGGUUCCUCUCUAUGUAGCUUAGUAAAUCUCGGUACAGGUUUUCUUCCUAUUUUGUACAUGAAUGCUAAAUUCAGCAAAUGUGUUUUUGUUAGGAUCGGUUAUGCCGCCCCAACUGGCUGAAGGUCCAUAACCAGGCCCCUCAGCCCAGGCCCCUCAAAGGGAUCAGACAUUUUUAAACUUGCCAAAAAAACAGGAGCACAAAAAAAAAAACUACUAUAUUUAAGUUGUUUUCUAAUUAGUUUAACAUUUACAUCAGUUAUGUCUGUAUACACAAUAAAUCCCUCCCUAAUGAGCACCGCCUAGACCUGGGCAGCAGGGGGCGCUGUAACCACUCUAUAUGUUGUACUUGGGUUCGUGUUUGUUUUACCUGCUACAUUUUAUUUCUAAAUACUAUUUAUGUGAAAUUCAUUUUUUCAAAAUAUAUGUCAUUUGUUCUAAGCAUUUCUUACAUUUGUAAAUGGCCUUUAUGUUUCAACUGUCAGGGACUGGUUAUUGAUUCCACUAUGAUUUUAAAAACAAGAUGUUUUUCAUUUUUGACAUCUGUGGAGGGGAAUUACCCAAACUUAUUGUUUCUUGCGAUGUUGCCUGUGGGUGUAGAUGACCAAGAUACAGUAUGUAGUGGCUCUUUAACUUGUAGGAUUUUUGAUUAACUUGUAAUCAGAGGAAUCCAGAGAUUCAUGUUGGCUUUGAGUUAUUUUGUAACACUGCUAUAUUUAGUUUUCCAACUUUAUAAGUAAUGAAUCAAACAUUACGGUGCCUUUUCUUUUUUAACUAUUUAAAACCAAUUGUUGCUUACUUCAUUCAGCUUGUCUAAUCUGGGUCAAAGGGUCAGUUCACACAAAAUCAUAGCUAUUUACUGCUAUAAUGUUGUCAAUCUGCACAGGCAGUUUUGAUUAUUACGUGACAGGGAUGAACAGAUGAGCUGUAUAAAAAAAAUAAAGUAGUAGUACAAUAGUAUCACUGAUAUUUAUGGUUGUGGGAGACAUUUGUUCACGUUAGGAAACAAUCUUGUGUCACUGUGAAUCAUGACAGGGGGUGACAAUGUUACACGUGUUCUUUAAAGCCGGAAGGUCAGAUCAUCUCUAAAUACAUCAGCCUGCAACAGUUUGGCAAACAGACAGUGCACAUGGAGCUGUUUGGCAACACUCUGUAAGGGUGCAUCAUUAGUUUCUAGACGUUUCCUGGAAAAAAACAUUUAACAUUAAAUAGUAUAUGAACAGGAAAAGUAGAGGCAAAUAUGUUGAACUGUAUGUUUGGCUAAAUGCUGCAUUUUUGCUAGGUAAGUAAAGCAAGUGAUUAGAAUUAAAUGGAAGUAUAUAUUUUAUAUAUCAGAAAUGAUACAUUUUUCUUACAAGCUGCACAACGGGUGGCACCAUGCACCGUUAUCAACCCUCAAAAAACCUCCACGGAGAAAAAAAAAAGCUAAAAAAUAAAUUAAUUAAAUAGCAACAGAUGGGAGGGAUUGACAUGGAGUACACAGAUGAGCAGGAGUAAAGUCAAAGUACAGAGAAAGAAUGACAAUUUUAACAAUUUACAUCUCAACUGUUGUUAUUAUUAUCAAAUUACAAAGUCUUUUUCAGGAUCCUACCUAUGAAGUAACAGUUUAUUUCUAGGAAAUUACAGAUCUUAGAACCUGUAAAAUGCAAUGUUAUCACAUUUUUUUUUUGUUGGCAUCACACACACACACACACACACACACA